AUGCGGCUGCUUUUCGAGGCAGCGGUUCUGUGCCUGACCCUGGGCUUAGGACAAUGCAGCGAGGAAACAACGCAGCAGAACACGGUCCACCAAGCUCCCCAGGCAGAGUCAUCCUAUACAGACUGGGGCAUUGGGGCCAUCCGGGACAGCUUCGAAACGGUUAACAGCUACUUCGACUCCUUCUUGGAACUGCUUGGGGGAAAAAACGGCGUUUGUCAGUACAGAUGUCGAUACG